CAAGAAGCUAAGGCAUUAGAAUAUGUGUAAAUAGAUAAGUUCGAACGCAUAAGCUUAUUUCUGUCGAUGACGUCAUAAAACAGAGAGUCUCCAUACCACGGAAUUCCAAUGGAGUGGAGUUGUGUCCCGGUAGGCAGGGAAAUUUUUGGGUGAUGAUGAAAUUUUCUAUUGUUUGUGGAAUUCCGUAGAAUAGUUUUUUUGGGGAAACCUGAAGUGGGUCCCCAGAAAAAUCGUCAUAAUCCUGGUUGGAGAGGUCUCGGUACUUGACAAAAUAACCCACCAUGCUGUGUACGCCAGAAAAAGAGGGGCCGAUUCUUGCCAAGCGACGUUGAGAUCUCGGCUUGCGCUUUCAUGCUUCCGCAACGGAAGAAAAUAGUAAACCACCAUCUUCCAAGUACUUUCCAAGCUCUCGGGUGUUCCAUUCCAUAGACAUGCCCACUCCUCCGCAAACAAAUAAAGCCCCCUUUGCCUAAAAACAAUGGAUUCUCCAGGAAUAUAAUCCGCUUUUCACAGGUAAGAUCUGCGACCCAAGAUGGUCAGAACAGUAUAUAUAAAGUGCCGCGUUCGAAAAACAACUCUAUAAUCUCGGUUUACAGAAUGUCUUCCGAAAAACUCUCUGACUCUCCUCAUGAGAACGGCCUCUUUGCCUCCACCAGUGAGGACGGCACCGGUCUGGCUGAGCCAGUUGAUCAAAACGUUCUUUCGCAAUAUAGCGAGGAAGAGGUGAUGAAUCUCGGACGCGCCUACGCGAGACAAAACGACCUUGAUGAGGAACUUUUUGCGCACGCUGCUGCCAUUGCCAGAAGCCCUUCCAAGUUCAACUCCAUGGACUUCCUCACUGAAGAGGAAAAAAAGGCUCUGUACGACGAGAUCCAUCACCCGUGGAAAUUGCCGAAAACCCUCUACUGGCUUGUCUCCACGGCCUCCAUGGCCGCAUGUGUGCAGGGAAUGGAUGAAACCGUGAUUAACGGUGCCAACCUUUACUAUCCUGGGAAACUCGGCAUUGGAAGCGGCUCCGACCACGACACUUGGCUCGUGGGUCUUGUCAACUGCGCUCCAUACCUCUGCUGUGCCACAAUGUCUGUGUGGUGCACAGACUACCUUAACAACAAAUUUUCCAGACGUGGUGUGAUCUUCUUGUGCAGUAUUUGGGGUACUCUCUGUUGUAUCUGGUCUGCUCUGACCAACACGUGGUGGCAUCUGUUUAUUGCCAGAUUUUUCCUAGGCUUCGCUAUUGGUCCUAACUCGACCACUGUUCCCGUUUACUCCUCCGAGUGUGCUCCAGCCAAAAUCAGAGGCUCUCUGGUGAUGAACUGGCAAAUCUGGACUGCGUUUGGAAUCAUGCUGGGAGAUGUCUUUGGACUUGCCUUCUACAAGGUGCCAGAUCGCGGGAUCUCCGAAGGUCUUCAAUGGCGUCUGAUGCUGGGUUCUGCUUGUCUGCCUUCGAUCAUAAUUCUUGCGCAAAUUCCAUUCUGUCCCGAAUCUCCAAGAUGGCUCUUGGGUAAAGGAAGAGACCGUGACGCCUUCGAGUCGCUCGUCAAGAUGAGACACACUCCUCUGCAAGCGGCUAGAGACGCCUUCUACAGUCAUCUUUUGCUUCUUGAGGAAGGAGACAUGAAAGCAUCCUUCUUCACAAAAAUCAAGGAAAUGGUCACUGUCAGAAGAAACAGAAAUGGUGCUGUCGGUGCCUGGGUCUGUAUGUUCAUGCAACAGUUCUGCGGUAUCAAUGUUAUUGCAUACUAUUCGUCCACGAUCUUCCGUGACUCUGGAUUCUCUGUCAGAGACUCUCUUAUUGCUUCCUGGGGAUUUGGUAUGCUCAACUGGGUGUUUGCACUGCCAGCCUUCUUUUCCAUUGACAAGUUUGGCCGUAGAACACUGUUGCUGUUUGCUUUCCCUAUGAUGGCUGCCUUUUUGCUGCUCGCAGGAUUUGCGUUUUGGAUCCCCGAGGAACACAAACAAGCCAAAGUGGGUGUUAUUUCCCUGGGUAUCUAUUUGUUCACGAUUGUUUACUCCUCGUCGGAAGGUCCAGUUCCGUUCACGUAUUCUGCUGAAUGCGCUUCGCUGAGAGUCAGAGAUGUGACGAUGUCCUUCGCUACUGCCACCUGCUGGUUUUUCAACUUCAUUCUGUCUUUGACAUGGCCAUCGAUGCUGAAGGCAUUCAAGGCGCAGGGAGCUUUCGGUUGGUACGCCGGCUGGAACAUUGCUGGGUUCUUUAUGGUUUUGUGGCUGCUGCCAGAAACUAAGGGUCUCACGCUGGAAGAGUUGGAUGAGGUGUUUGACGUUCCAGCAGUUGAACAUGCAGCCUACCAAACCAGAAACCUCUUCAACGGGUUCCGCAAGAGAGUGCUGCGCCAAAGCGUGGAGCCUCUGCCACCUCUUUAUACAAAACGACGUAUGGCGGUGACCUCAGAUUGGGAGGCACGCAAGAACGAAGUCAAGCACAUCGAGUAAGAUAAUUAAGUAGUAACGUGAAUUGCGAAAUUAUCUGUCAUGUCCCGAAAAACUACCUGG